AUGGCGACAGGACGGUGUUUCGCGAUUGAGCUAGGCUCGAUCACACUAACACCGAAAUCAAUCCAUCUCGACAUUGAGACCCGACCCCGUGUACCAUCUUAUAUCGAGACCGCGAACGUGUUGAACAUGGCUCUAAGCCAACAGCCUUGGGAACUGAGCCGAAUCCAAUCUAUCACCGAGUCUCACUUUGACGAUCCGAAUUGCUCUCUUCUCAAAGCCGUGCUCGUCAACAACGCAUCGAUCGUCGCUGCUGCCACGGAGAAAUCCGACUUCCUCGGCUUCGGUGACGCCAACCGCAACCCAGAGAAUGAUCGGUACUUUGCACAGAUUGGAGUCGAGCAGUCAAGGCUGACCUUCGGUCUCAAGAUUGGCAUCAAUGGCGAGUUCGGAAAACUAUGGGGCUUGAGAUACCAGUUCUACGCUUUAGCUCUAGGGGCAUGGCUUACAUUCGUGUGGUACCAUGCUAUGCAGGUUAAGGAAGCCAACAAGACGUUCAGCGCAGUCUACUCGGGUCUAGAGAGAGUCGGACUCAAAUCCAUGGCCGUGAUCUUCGCCGUCAUUCUUACCACCUUCAUUUCCGACCAAGUGUAUCAGGUGUACCAACUGGUUCGCAAAUUUCGAGGAUAUCCAGCUCCAUCCGCAGAGCUCAUACAGCCGAUGGACGACAUAUAUAUGGUGGUCUUUGGGUUCUCUGUUUUGGCCGUCACUGUCGUAUUCUUGGGCAGUGUUGAAUUCUUCUGGUUUAUGAUUUGCGCUGUUGGGAAGUAA